GGAUUAGUGACAGCAUAUAUGUUUUCCACCCACCCUCACCGCAGUGUCCGCAGUGUGGGUGUCACUUGUUCAGCACAACUAUAAAGGGAAAUCUACCUUUCUACAGUGUCUGUAUCGCCUGUUAUGGCUAUACAGUGCCUACUGUUGAGAGCUACGUGUAAGUGCGUCCGAGGUGAUGUCACUUCCUGAAGGAGGCUUCGUGUGACCAUGUGGUUGUGAUUGCGUGUGAGUGACAGACAGAGAAGUAAAUAACCUCGGUGGUACAACCACGUGCCAUAAGGUCUUGGUGGGUGUGAAUUCAACUGGGGGAUGUCUCGAAACCAUUUACCAAAACACAUGACUUGGUAGUACGAUGUAUUGCGAUAUAAUCUGAGAUGAGCACUCACAUGUUUCUACAGAAAGAAGACAAACAUCAGGCUCUGCUUCUCGCACAUUUACAGGACCACACAUCAGAUAUUAAUAUUCCUCGCAACCAAAGCAGGGCACCAACUAGAGAUGAAUCUAUUGCUAAUUCUAUCUUUAUUCUAUCUUCAUUUUACACAGAUAUUAAACAGAGAAAAUGAGCAGCCUGUCUGUCUGAUAAAUGACGUAAAUGAGACACUGAUUAUCAAAAUUGUUGGUGAUUCAUUUUGUGCAGUUUGACUAAACCUUGACCAGAGUUUAUGACUGAGCUGAUUCAUUUACUAAUUAUUUUAACACUAGUGAACAGUGUGUUUUUUAAUUUACCAGGAAAACCCCACACCGCUCUCUCACCAAAUGUCAACAAACCCAAUCACACCACACGUACAGUAAGUUGACAGCAGCAGCCUACUACUUCACACAUCGUCAUGCACUAUUAAUUGUGGACACAAUUACCCCUGAAAAAUGAAUAAGCAUUAACAUAAACACUGCACAAUGUAAGCAUGAGGCUAACAUCUUUGAAAUACUCGCAGUAGGUUAACAGCAGAUUUUACAGCGGCAAUCAAAUUAUUUUACACCGUCUUUGCCUUUAUUGUGUCCACUUACUAUAAGCUAUGGGUUUUCCAGGAACCACACUGAGUCAUAUUCACACUUGCUUGUCCUUAAGACUUUUUAAUGUCAUGUUCGCCAUUUGACCAAAGAAGAGAAAACACUGGGGGAGCAUUUGGCAGCAUUAUAUUUGUCUCUUGAUUCAGUGAUUCAGUUAUCUACAUGCACAUAGACACACUAACUUAACCUUUUCUGACUGAGUGCCUGUGUUUCAGGUUGGUCCAACCACUGUUAGCAGUGACACAAACAUGCACCUCUUUUCCAUUUUCCAUAAAAAUAUAGAACUGCUGCGAGUCUCAGUUAUAUGCUCAGUAGAUAUAGAGAUAACCUGUUCCAACACAGAUGGCAUUUAACACCUCAGCACCACAAACAAAAAAGUCUCAGCAGUGUCAGUACCUCUGCAAAUACAUCUAUCUGAAUGAGUAAAUACCACCAGUUUUUUAUGAUCUGUGUGAAAUGACUUUUUAACAAGAUCAGCUACAAUAACAGUGUUGUCUAAUUUCAACAAUAAAGUUCUUGUCUGAACAGUGACUGGUCGCCACAUGCAUUUAUGAAUUUAGUCAGAAAAGGGUUCUGGGCGUUUCAUCACUUAAAAACAUCAAAUCUGAAUCAUUUCAAAUCCCAAUUAAAUCUACUGAGAAUUUAAUAAUUUAAAGAGAAAAAAGUUAUGAAUAAAAUAUGAGAAAUGCAAUUAAAGGAUUAAUAAUGAAAAAUAAAGAAACAAAAGUCUAGUUUUUGUAUGUGGAUUAAAUACAACAUGUUUUUUUUUUAAAUUCCAGGGAUUUUACCGAGUUAGAAAGUGAUCCCAAACGAAACUCACAAUCGAAACCCAGCGCAGUCAUAGUAGCAUCACACCACAUGGCUCCCUCCUGUCAGAUAACACAAUAAUUUGCAUUUAACUUUUUUUUCUCUUUUCCUUGCAUCGUCAAGAUUUUAAGAGAAUCUGAAGAAUAAAACUAGGUAGUAAAAUCUUUUCUCCAGGUUAAUCUGAGCCAUCAUUUCUCUUGGCUCUGGACAAAAAGUGGAAUAACACUCAUAAACAGCCACAAAUUAAAGUUAGAAGAGUUGAGUCAUGUCUUUGUUAUGCACUUUAACUUUAUCCAGACUUUCUGCUCAAGUGUUACAGUGUUUCAGUGUUAAGUGACACCUGAAACAACACCUCUUACACCAACUCAUGCUUUACAGGGAAAACGUCUACAUGAUACAGUGGAUCACCUUUAAUGAUCAUUCACCAGGCUUCUCCCUUAAUAGCUCUGAUUUAAAUAAUCAGAAUAAACCAGUUUAACUUUUACUACUGUCAAACUCUUCACUGUUUCCAGCCGUUAGUGGUCUCUCAUUUCCUUCCCACUACCGUUAGGUGUCUCACAUACUGUCUCUUGAUGUGUUAACCACACUCACGUCUCAUACUGACGUCAGCAGAGAGCCAAGAUAAACUCUGGCUGCACGAACAAAGCACUGGUCAUAAUGGUUCCUCUGAGGUGUUUGCUGGCAGUCACAUAUGUGCUGAGUGUUUGGACUACUGGAUACACUAAACGCUGUGGUGAAGGGCAGGCUCAUGUUGGUGAAAUCUGCUGUGACAGGUGUCCCCCAGGUGAAAAGGUGAAGGAGUUCUGCACUGAGCGCAUGAAAACUGUCUGUGUCCCCUGUGUGGAGGGUAAAUUCUCAGAUAAAUACAGCAUCUUUGACAGAUGUAAUGAAUGCCGGUCAUGCCACGGGAAAGACAAAAAAGAAUAUGCUGAGAAUUGUACACGGACCACAGAUGCAAAAUGUUCGUGUCACUCUGGUUUCCUGUGUUCCGACAAUGUCUGUUCAACUUGCGUGGAAAACAAAUGCGUCGCAGGGGAGAGACCCAUCCAGACAGUUUCCACAGGUGGAAAAUAUUUGUAUGACUGUAAGCCUGCGUGCCCUGCUCAUGAGUAUCUGGAUGUGAAAAUGGAUAUCUGCAAGCCGCGGAUACAGUGCAGUGCACUGGGACUCGCUGAGCUGUUUCCAGGAAACAAAACCCACAACUCAGUUUGUGAUGUAUAUGCGACUGGUGGAGACUCCAUUCGUGUGAUUCUUAGUAUCGGCUUUGUUUUGCUGUCUCUCAGCCUCGUUCUGUUUCUGUCUUCUGUCUGUAUAAAGAACCUGAGGAAACACAGAACAAAGAAUAAUCCUGUCUUAGCAGUCUCUGCCAACACCUGUGACUUUCACCUGUCAAAGGAGGAGAGUGGACUCCAGCUCAUCAUUCAGGAUGAAAACAAGGACAGCAACGGUUUCAGCAACCUGCAUCCAGGAAGCACCCUCUGAUAAAAGAGAACACGAAAAGCCUGGUUAGCUACAAAUUAAAAUGUUGGUGUGAUGGUGCAGCACAGCAAAUGCUCCAGAGAUAUACCUGUGGAUUGUGUGUAUGUGAACUUGCUCAAGUUAUGUGAACUAUUCCGUGUUUUUUCCAUUUCUAACAAACAAACAGAAAAGUGUGUUUAUUUGUAGUGAUAUAGCAACAAAUACCUCAGCUCAGAGUGACUGAUCUGAUCCCAGUGAUCCCAGGCUCAUUUAGAUCAUUUUUAUGUGAGGCUACAUGAGACCAGUGGCCCACAGUGACUUUCUGUGGUGAAUGUAACUGAGAACUGAAACACAGAACACAGGCAGACAGUCACGAAUCAACUGUAUUUAAUGUGGAUGGAUGAGGAUACCCAAUAUGCUCAGGGUAAUAAGGUCACCAUCAGAUAGUUAUUGGUGAUUAUUUUUAACAACCACUUCCAGUUUUCACUCCCUGAUUAUGAGAACCCAAACCUUUACCCAAUCCUGCCAAGCUGAACUUUACAAUAAGCUAAGUAAACUACCAAAUGCAGGACUUGGUUGUGUUGUAUAAGCUUUUUUUUUUUCAUCUGAGAAGCAACAGCUGUUAAUAAAUGUACAUAUUUCCCUAAAGCGUUAAAUGAAAAAUGCUCAGAUAAAGCACAAGUGCAGUAGCUUAAAACUAUACCUUAGCACUGAACAGAUUUUUUUUGCUGGUGCUGUUGUGUAUUUUAAAGCAUUUCCAUUAAUAAAAUAAAUCCAGUCUUAAA